AUGAGUUGGUUAACUCCUUCAGGUUCCUCAUACUUUCUUUCCAAAGUGGUUGUAAACUCCGCACCGUGCGCUCCAUUACAUUUAUUAGUGAUGCAUCGAUGCAGGGUUGCGUUUCCAUGCGUGAAUUACCGCCCUCUGCUUUGGCGCGGCAUGUUGCAGGUCCCUUCGAGGCCAACAAUAUGUGAUAAUUCUCUCAAGGUACAGUUGCGCCACUCACGAAUUAGUUCUUUCAAACAGGAGGGAUAUUACCGAUUUGCAAGAGCCAAAGAUAUACAUGUCGAUGAAUCAUGCUUUACUUUGCUUACUGCGCGAGGUGGUGGGCCAGGUGGGCAAGGGUCGAACAGCAGCAGCAAUAAGGUAGAAAUGCGUGUUAACAUGGCUUCUCUCAGCGAGUACUUUGAUGAAGAAUUGAUUGGAAACAUUAAAGCAAAUGAAUGCGGUAAAGCACUGACAUCGGAUGAGACACAGCUGAUCAUUUCAAGCCAUGAACACCGAAGUAUGUACCAGAACAAAGAGGAAUGCAUUAGGCGGCUUCAGCAGAUGAUUCACGUGGCGUCAUGGGUUCCUCCUGUGGAAGCUAACCCAAUAAAGAAGCCCUCACAUAUCGUUUCUGAAAGAAAAAAUGAGCGGAGAAAAAAAAGUGCAGUGAAAAAAAUGCGUCAAACGGCUCGCAAAGGGCUGUGGUAA